CCGCGAUGCCAGUAUCGCUCCAGAGGCGCCACCGAUCGGACGUUUUGAGUGUGUGUGAUUUUCAAACGGUACGCGAUUGUGCGAAGCUCGUUUCGAUCGCUGGCGCGUGUUUCUCGAUCUCGUUCCGAUGCUUUCGCUAUCAUCGUCGCUAAAACCAUGGAGCAAGAUUACGAAUCGAUUGAGGAUUAUCUGAGCAACGAGUUCUACGAUACGAUGUGCAGUUCCGCCGAGUGUCAGGAUGGCAUCGCUGCUGACGAUGGUGCACAAAUUAGGCCCAUGAAACAGAUAAUGUUCCUGUACGGGUACAACGUCCUAAUUGUAGGCAUCGGAAUCGUGUUGAAUAUUGUACUGAUGAAAGGAAUUCUUGGCGCCAAAGCCAGUGGCGCUUUCUUAUUCCUGGUGCAGAUAGCGAUCGUCGAUGUAUUGACGCUGUUGAUCAGCAACUGGGAGCUUCAUUAUCUCUUCCAACACGCCUGGACGUUACCGCCGAUUCAUUGCUCACUCUACAGAGGAUUCGAUUCCUUCACCAGCGUCGCGACCGUGUACUUCAUUGUUGGAUUAAACUUUCACGCCAUAGCGACGUACAAUCUGGCAGUGGAUAUAGCUAAAAGUACACUAGCCACGCCAGAACAGGAGUGCAUGGAGGACUCGGUGACAGAGGAGAACGGCUAUGAAGUGACUACCGAUGCCAUUUCACAGAAGCGAUCACUUACGAUUGACUAUCGGUACAGGAAGACGCGCAUCUCGGUGCUGUUUCCGAUCCUGCUUGUCUGGUUCAUUGCCGUGUCCGAGUCGUUGCCAGUGUUUCUGUUCUCCGACGUCAACGUAGAUCAAACGAAACAAUGUGCCAUUCUGACGAAUACAAGCAUCAAUAACUUUGCGGUAAAUUUGCUGGUAAUCGGCAUACGCAUCGCAAUUCCAACCGUUGCACUAGUCAUAACCACCAUACAGUUGGUGAUUAAAUUUCACAACGGAAAACACUUUCCACAUCCUGAUGAGGUGGACGAGAACGUUGCCUUUGCGCUGAAGCUGUCCAUCUUUCUAUCGGUUUCCUACCUAGUAUUCGCUAUGCAGCGACUGUAUGGUUCGCUGCUACUGGAACUGCUCUCUGUGCCAUUAAUUGUGUCCAAGUAUGCUCUAAUUAACUCGACGAUUGGUCUCAUUUUAAGCGUGUUCUACUAUUCGAUAUCUUUCAUUCGACCACUGGUCACUAUCAUCAUGUGUAAGCAGAAGCACAAUCAUGUAGAUAUUAACUUUAUAUGCAGAAAAAAAGUGCUUCCCGCUCGGGAAGCUAAGGAGAUUUUGCUAUAACAUUUCAGAGUGGACCACUAUUUUGAAAUAGUUGCUCUGCAAUUUUAAGAAAACAGAACAAAUGAAAUAAAUGAGCUGCACGAUUUAAUAUGAAAAUGAAAAUGUUUAUUUAUGCGAUACAAACGAUCAUUUUGUAUAUCUCUAAGU